CAGUUUCACCUUUUGCACAUGUCCGAUGUCGUCAUUGGGAAACCACUAUCGCAUUGUCUCGUAAAGGAAGCAUCCCUGACAGAGGAUGGAGCAUCCGGACUGCUGCGGCAACAUCAACUUUAAAGCAACUUGAUGGAGAAAACUAGAGGAGUCCCUUUAAGAUGACACGCACAGACCCUCCUGACAUACUGGUAUCAACUGUGCAUCGAGAUAUUAAAGUGUUCCCCAUUUCUUCACACUAUAAAUCCUUGCAACCCUCCAAACAAUGUGAUUCUAUAAAUUACAGCACACUGGAGGACAGUAAUAGCAAAGUCAAUAAGAGGCACUGCCGUACCUUUGACUAUAAGUCAUUGGAAUACCCCAAAUCACACAAAUACUCAAUGGAGUCCCCCUACAGGAAGGCUGACAGGCAUGCAGCCAACCCAGAUGUUGCCUGGAACGCCUUGGGCCGCCAGCAGAGAUACCGCUUUUCUGCUCCAGACAUUUUCAGCCAUAGGUUAACUCCUCAACCAGUGGCUGCAGAUAUUACCAGUGAAGUUGUUGUCCCUGAGCAAAAAAGAAGGACCAGGUCAAAAAGUGCCCCUCGGGUCCAAACCAGUCUCACCCCUCUGUCUUUUGAAGGGUCCUCAUCUUCGGGGAGAAAAGGCAGGGAAUCCCAAAGGGCUUCAAGAGACUCUCACUGGAGGCCAGAAGUUUCACCGCGUAGGGAGUCCUCCCAUGCAGCAACUAGGGCUUAUUUGCAUGACGUCCAUCCUAGUAAGUUGCAGCCACAAAUGACCGAUAGCAGUAGAUACUCACCUCAUUAUGCUGCAGAUAGUGCUGAGGAUGGAGGGCUGGAUAAACCAGCAACUAGUCCUCAUGUCAGGUGUCGGGUCGACAUCAAACCUGAUGAUGCAGCAUUACAUCAUUCAGCACGGAAACAGGCCACACCUCAAAUGGACAUACCCUGGCAGAGGCACCACAGUGGAGGGAGUAGGAGUCUGACUGUGCCACGCCAUUUCUCCUACUCAAGAACACCAACUCCCACUGAUUCAUUAGGUACAGAGGGUAGGCAAGCUUAUCAAUAUUCCCGCAGCAUGCCAAAUAGUUACAUACAACCCAUGGAGAUUCCCUUGCAAAGAAUGCCUUCAUCAGGUGAUUAUUAUGGUAGGGAACGCAGAGCUCAUUCCAGCCCUAAUGUGCCAACCAAGUUCUUUUAUGCAGACGACCCAGGGAGAUAUGUUACUACUGCUCCUCCUCAACCAAGUUCUUGCUAUCAUGAUGAACGAUACACCCCAGGACAAACAUAUACUCCAAAAGUGCAAUAUGUGCAAGAUCCAAGGACUCGAAUGGUGCAUGCUGUAGCUACAAGACCCUAUUAUCCUGAGAUUGAGCCCUAUCCAUACUCUGUGCAGACAGGGUAUCCCAAACCCUAUGCAGCAAAUGAACCAGGGCCAUAUAUCAUACAGACACCUCCAACAAGAAUAUUUUACGGGGAUGAUCCAAGGUCUUAUCAAAUCCAGACUGCUCCACCAAGAUUUUAUUAUUCCAGCGACAUGUAUGCAAUGGCACCAGAGCAUCAUGUCCCAGCGAGGGCAUAUUACACAGAGGGUCGAAGACAUGCUAGAGUCAUUCAGGCACAAACAGAUGACUGGUAUGGCUCAGAUGCAUCUGGUUAUUCCACCAAUCCUGCCUCUUACGUAUCUCAAGUCACUCCAACCAGAACCCGGCAAGAACCUGUGUUAACACCCUGGUAUGCCAACCCAUGUGUAGAACCUCCAAGAAUUGGCACAGAAUCCAAAUCUUACUCAAGGUCCUGGGACAACAUUCUGAACUCUCGUGUAGAGAGGGAACAACCUCUUCCUGUACAGAGGGGUCAGAGCUACGAUGAUCUUCUUGAGUCUCGGAAGCCUGCAGCAGCCACGGGUGACAAACCACAACCAGUGGUAGUCAAUCUUUCCAGUUCACCAAGACGCUAUGCAGCCUUAUCAAUGUCUGAUAACUCACUAAUUGACAAAAGCCCAACAGAUACAUCAAAGAGCACUACUAGUAAACUCUGGUUUGUCACUCCUGAGAUUACAAUCACUGAUAAUGACAUUCGACCAGGGAAACUUAAUAAAGCUGAAGGACGGUCUGCCAGUUGGGACAUUCUUGACUCCAGAACCACCGAUGGUCCAGAACUGUCUCAGCGUGAGUUUGAAAGCUCAACCAAAGAGAAGACACACGACAAUGCCUCACUACAGCAAAGCCUUGAACAACUUGAUGAGCUUCUGGCAGAUCUUGUGACCGAUUACAAGCCACCCAGUAGAAGGGCAAGUGAGGACAUUCUUGAUCAGCUAAAGAAGUUAAUUGAUGAGGAAGAAGCAGUAUCUCUGUCCAGAAAGGGUUCAAAAGCAUGUGCAGAUGAACCAGCUCCUCUUGACAAGCAGCCAACCUCAAUACGAAUGAAUCCUGAUGCUUUUCGAGAUAUGGAUGGGUCCAGUGAUGCGAUGAAGAGUGCAGAUGAGUGUUCCCCAGAUCAGAGCCCAGAUGAGGAUGAUACCAUGAUGUGCUCUAACAACAAAUGUCGGAGGACAGAGACCCUGUUCAAUGCUUGCCUAUAUUUUAAAUCCUGCCACAGCUGCUACACAUACUACUGCUCCCGUAACUGUCGCAGGGAGGACUGGGACAUUCAUAAAGAAAGCUGCCUAUAUGGAAGAAUUGGCAGCAUAUGCCGUCACAUCAUCAAACACUGCAGGGAGACUGUUGAAGUCCACAAAGCCUUCUCCCGUAUUGCCAAAGUUGGCUACCUUUCUCGUGGGAGAGGAGUUCUGUUCCUUGGUUUUCCAAAUCCUGCGUCAUCCAGUAACUUCCUUCAGUAUGGCCUGGAUAGUCUACUUAUGUCUCCUACAUACCUGUCCCUCCGAGAGCUUGAAAGCUUCAAGGACAACCUAGGGGAGUAUUGCAAGGAGCUGCAGGAAGCUGGUAAAGAGUACGACCCUAACGAAUGUUUCAUCUUGAAUGUAUCCAUUGCUGUUGGUGACCAACUGCCUGAGGGGCCGUCACCAAGGAACCAAGCUCCAACUGUCAGAAAAUAUGCAAAGGUAGCACUGGCGUCAUUCAGCCCUGAGAGAAAGGUUCACAAAAAAGAGAGUGAUAUGGAAACGCUGAUCCUCACUCCACCGCCUGGAACAGCAGAUAUUGACAAACAGGGAGAGGAAGGCAGGAAGGCCAGGGAAAUUUGUUUUAUAAAUAUACAACGGGAGUUACGAAUUCGUGGGGUUUUUCUACGCCAUGAAUACCCCCAGGUAUAUCAGCAACUCUGUGAGUUUGUGGAAAGUAACAGAAGGUUCACACCCACAACUAUUUAUCCUAUUGAUAAGAGGACCGGUAAACAGUUUAUGUGCAUGAUUAUGGCUGCCUCUGAGCCCAGGACGUUGGACUGGGUAGGCACCCCGCAUCUUCUUGAUGACAUUAUUUAAGUGCACCUUUUUUUGUAAAUAUAUAUGUAUAGAAAUACAUAUAUAUUGGUACACAUAUUUAUAUCAAUCCAAUUAUAAACAUUUGUAGAUAAGUAUUUUGUUAUCAAAAUUAUAUAUUCAUGUCUGCUUGGUCAGUAUUAUUCUUUUUCAGAAUAUUUCCUGUCAGGUGCAGAAUGAGUACAGCACAUUCUUUAUUUUAAUCUUUUUAACAAGUACAUACUUUUUAUCCACCACAAGUCAUUUAUCUGUAUGCUGGUCAUUUUACUGUUACAACACAUUCCCUUUGGUAGGGAUUACCUAAGCUAACAUUAUGGUACAUUGAGUUUUGCAAAUUAUUAGCAACAACUGUAUGUAUGUUUUUGAAACUUGAAUCUUUAAAAGAGAGUCAGUUUCUGUAACUAAGUACAACUUGACUAUUUUUCAUAUGUGAUUUUAAUGCUAUAUCAUGCAGAAAACAUUAUUUUCUUAGCUACAUAAAUACUUUCUAUGCAAAGUUGCUUCAUGACUUAAGUACAACAUUCCUGUAGAAGGAGUUGUUUCUGUUAUAUAUUAUAUUAUAUUAUAUCAUAUUAUAUUAUAAACUUAUAUUACAUUGUAUUAUAGUAUAUUAUACACAUCUGUGAAGAAAGUUUUGCUGAAAUUGAGAUAACAUGUUGAAAGUUUUGGUGGCAAUAUAAAUCAUAAAAAAAUAAUGAAAGCUGAAAAAAGACAUUUGUGCUACUUGAAUCAUCUAUAAAAACAGGCACGAAACUGUAUUGUUGCUUAAAUAGCAGUACUGUACUGAAAGUUAACGCUUUUUUUUAACGCUUCCUCUUUGAGUUUAUAGCGUACUUUGGAGAAAUCCAAGCUAAAUCCAGUAGUUGGACAACUACUGGAUUUGAAAACAACCUCCACAAUGAAGAUUGAAAUGGUGCCAGUUACCAGCCACACAGUCGGUGUUGAUCUGUGAACACUGUGAAUAGUGAUAGUAACAAAACAAAACUUGGUUUAAUACCAAGAAAUCAUGCAAUUUCCUAUAACACUGAAGUUGAUGAGUUGUAUUUUUAGAUAUUACAAAUAAAAAUAUAUUAAUUAGCUGCAGGAGUUAUUGUCCUUAGAACAAAGUGAGCCAGAUUUGGCACAGUAGCUACAUGGUACAUAAAUGCUUGAAGAAGACAUUAGUUGUGUAUUUGUGCUGCAAUAGGUUUAUUAUGUGUGAUUUAUAUUGUCCCUUUGGUUUUGACAAACCAGAACCUUUGUUUUGCUCAUUGGUUGCAUACGUUUUAGAAACAUUUAUCAAUGCAACUUAGCCAUGUUGCCUCAUCUCUCAAGAUACAAUACAUUUCUUGAUUUUGUUUUUGUAGCAUCCCAAAUCCCAAAUUUCCUGCCAGCACACUUGAUGAUUUAAAACUUACAGAUGAGUUUUAAAAACUCAAAAGUGUAGUUGUAAAAUAUUGUAUGCUAAUAUCCAAAUUUAAAAAAAAUAGUUCAACACCAUUGUCCAAUGAGUCAACGUAUGUUGAAGACGUCAAGGAGCAUUUGUCAAUCAGUCCGAAGUAAAGGUUGAAUAAGCUGUUUUUCCCCAGUCAUUAAUCAUUGUUCUCCAUUUCAACUUUUUCCCUUGUGAUAUCAGCUUUACUUAGAAUUUGAAAUAAGAAGUACAGUGAAACUUGAAGUACAUAUAUAUUUGAAAAUGUGUUUCACUGAGUUACGCUUGUUUGGCUGACAGGACAUGCUGUACAGAUUCAGUGAAAAAUUGCUGGCUGCAUGUGACAUGUGUUUUCUAUUCUCUGAUCUCAUUUUAACAUUACAUUGAUGAUAGUAACUUGCUUGAUGAAUGAACUUGUGAAAGUGAAAACUACUAUGUUGUGUAAGACAAAAUAAAUUAAUUUUCCAUUUUUGUCAUUCAAGUUAAAAUAACGUGUCAAAGGCAAUGGAGAAGAGACCUCACUAAAAUAUCUAGAAAAAUCCUGUAAUCUUGUAUUUUUUAUACUUUCAACAUAUGUGUCUGAGUGUGUCUAUUUAUAAACCAUAUCUAAUAAAUGGAAUGGGAACUCUG